CACACCCUCCGCUAAGCUAGGCAGUGGUGACACUCGUUCAUUCACAGGAGCGGAGAAACGCAGUGGGACGUGUUUUUCUCUACGGUUUGCGUCUGUAAACUGCGCCAAAUGUUAAACCCGCAGAGGUCUCUGUCCGAGCUGCCGAAAAUGUCCGCUGCCAGUCAGGUGGAGAGAGCGGUGCUGGAAGAGGAGUUCAACUGGCUGCUGAAGGAAGAAGUGCAUUCUGUCCUCAAGCAGCUGCAAGAUGUCCUGAAGCAGGAGGCCUCCAGACGCUUCUCAAUGCCCACUCCAGGCCUGGAGAGUCAGCUCAGACAGGAGAACUUCAUCCUCGGCAGCUCAACCAUGGAUCAAGUGAAGGGUGUGCUGACUCUACAGGGAGAGGCUUUGACUCAAGCGGACAUAAACCUGAAGGUUGCCAAAAGUAGCCAAGUGCUGCAUUUUCAGUUCAGAGAGGACAAGCAGUGGAAGCUUCAGCAGAUCCAGGAUGCCAGGAACCAUGUGAACCAGGCUCUGCAGCUGCUCACCAGCCGUGACGACACCUACCACUUCCAGACGGGGGCCGAGGUCAAUAAGCUAAUGGAUGCAGUGAUGCUGCAGCUGACGCGAGCACGAAACCGCCUCACCACCCCGGCCUCCAUGACCCUGCCUGAGCUGGCUACCAGUGGUCUGAUGAAAAUGUUUACUCCUCCCAUGCCUGGAGACGUGAUGGUGAACUUUUACAUCAACCUCAGCAAACUGUGUCUGACUGUCUACCAGCUUCAUGUGCUGCCUCCAAACACCACCAAGAACUUUAAGCCAGCAGGAAGUUCAGUGCUGCACAACCCUGGAGCCAUGUUCGAGCUCAACAACAACCGCUUCGAGGUGAGCCAUGUUCACAAGGUGGAGUGUGUGGUUCCCUGGCUCAGUGACACGCUGGUGUUCUUCACCAUCUCCCUGCAGCUGUGUCAGCAGCUCAAAGACAAGAUUUCAGUCUUCUCCAGUUUCUGGAACUACAGACCUUUCUGAUCCCCACACACACACGCACACACGCACACACGCACACACAAGUAUAAGGGACAUCCUGAAAGUUAGUUCAUUGUUAGUUGUGUAUUUGUUGUCAUUGAAUGGUUCAGUCUAACCCUAACCCUAACCAUGAUGAGGAGAAGGAGCCAAUCAAACCUCACCAGAUAUGAAUAUUUGCCAGUGGUGUGGACCUAGUGACCAACGUCCAUCAACAACUGUAUCUCUUUAUCUUUGUUUGGUUUACAUUCAUGUUUCUUAAUACUAAGUAUUGAUCCUAAAGUUGUGGUCUGAGCUGAUGUGUACUGUGUACUCAGGGUUAGAAGACUGACACAAGCUGAUAGUGGGAGUUGAUUUUACAAUACUUGAUGUUUCCAUCGCACGUUCUUCAGCACCUUUUUAAAGACACUCACGUUGACGUCAUUGGAUUUUCUUGAAUGACUCUCUUGAAAUGGGAGUUCACAACCAUGGCUCUUUGUUGAGUUUGCAUGUUUUCCUCAUGUGUGUGAGGUUAACUGGACACUAAACUGACCAUGGUUUUGUCUCUGGUGACCUGAGCUGACCUUUCACCCCCUCAUGUGGAGGUUGAAGCAGUGGACCAUGAAUAAAUGUGGAAACAGCACUUACUCAAAUCCAACACUACAGAGUUUUCACAAAUGCUGCUCAGGAGUUUGGAAAAAACCCUUUGUUUUCAGUCAUGUCAUCGUUUCUCUGUUGAAACUAAAAUGACAUUCAUUAGACUCUUAUUCAGAUAUACACAGUAAUACAGAUGACACAGCACAGUCAUGUUGUGAUGUAAACAGUGAAGUGUUGUGAAAAGCUCCCACUGUGGGCUCUGAGAGGGUCAACGAAAACCAGUCACCAUUAAGCUGCCGGUUGUGUUGAUGAUUGUUUAUGUUUGUGUUCUUAUUUUUGUCUUUUUUUGCACUUUGUCGAGUCCAUGUUGAAUCAAAACACUAAUCCACUGACACAAGCAAAAAGUGUUAGUCUGAGAAUCUGUCUAUCAUAUAAAUAUAUAUAUAUAUAUAAUUGUGGAAAUAAGUGAUCUGUGCAAUAAAAUAUUCUAUGAUGA